UCUGCAGAAUCUGCUGACAACCGAACGUCAAUGAAUUCCCUCGAGAUCGUCUAGAUGUCUCUCAGAUAGGAACUGGCCCCGUUUUCGGCAGCUAUUUACCGUCUUUCAAAUGCAGUCAGUUAUUACUUUUUAUAAUCCAUUUAUAAUCUAUAACAAGGAAAUUUAACGAAAACCAGGGAAAAAAAUUCUCAUUCACCAAAACAAAACGAAAAUUAACAAAAAACUGACAUACACCGCUCUCUCUCAUCUUUAUCAUCACAACACAACAACAAAAUAAAUAAUCCCUAAUCCAGAUUUUGUAAACAAUAUUUUUAACGCAGAUGCACUAUCCACUUACUGAACUAAAACAGGAAACGAACAUGGUCACUAUGAGUGAAGGACAAACAAAGGAGAUUCAAGAAGUGACGAUCAACACGAAAGUUCAGUCAAACACGCAAUUGACGGUGAAAAGACUUUCCUCUCCAGCCAAAAGCUGUUCCAGCGUGGCGUCAGUCUGCCGAAUCUGCCAUGAAGCCGAAACUCCAGAAACGCUUAUAUCCCCGUGCGAGUGUAGUGGAACGAUGGCUCUUGUGCAUGUCUCCUGUUUGGAAAGAUGGCUGUCGACUUCCAACACCGACUAUUGCGAACUGUGCAAAUUCAAUUUCAGGACGCACAGAGGGCCCAGGCCGAUCACACAAUGGCUGUGCUCGCGCAACAUGCCGGCAGGGCCGAACGGCUUUUACGGAGACGUCCUCUGCCUCUUGAUCCUGACACCCCUCUGCUUCGUCUCCGUAUAUCUCUGCUCUGUGGGAGCCUACGUUUACAUCCAAAAAGGACAGUGGGAAGGCGUCGGAUUAGCCUUCAUUAGUAUAUGCGUUCUUUUAACUUAUUUUUUAUGGUCGUACAUCACAGUUAGGUACCAUUUGCGUUGCUUCAGGGCUUGGCGAGGAUCGAAUCAGAUCAUCCAACUGGUCAACAACCGUGUAGCGCCGACGGUGAGGGUCCCGGUCAGUCAUCAUCUCGAAGUCCUGUGACUCGCGUGUGGACACGAAGAGAAUUCUCCGAAACUGAAAAUCUUGACUUACUGCAGGAUUUCAAUAUCACGAGAGAAUAACUAGUUCGAGCAUUUGUCACCAUCAAUUGUAUCCAGUGCGAAACGAUCGUCGGACUGUACAAUAUAAUUUUAUGAGCUUUGCACUCCCUGCCGUGCUGCAAUAAAUGACAUGGAAACCUGGAAGCGUUUAGGGGAUUUUAAUAUUUAAAAUUUUAUUGUUUACCUGUUAUCGAAUGUUAAAAUUUUAUUUAGUUUCUUGAUAGAGUUUUUUGCUUUUGCAGGAGGCAUCAAUUACUAACAUUACAAUUUUUUAUAACGGAAAUAAAAGUUGAAAUUUUCUUUCAAAUUAUUGUAAUGACUCUUUGUAUUUAAUUGGUUGCAAUGUAAUUUGUUGAUUCCUUAAUUUUAUAUUAUUAAACAUAUUUUCAAACAA